CAAGGGUCUCUGCUCCUCGUGUUAAUUUCGCUGCAAUGUGAGAACUACAUAGCCACCUUUUCAAGCUCAUUUCUUUCCCCACUUCGAGAGAUACGGUACGGACUGUCUUGACGAAACCCCCCGGACUUUCAGAACCGAAAACGAUCGAGAUUAGUGAACUGCAACGGACUUGGACCGAAAGACACGGAAUUCACUUGUACAUUGAUGCAUUCUUUCAAUUUGUGCACUAUACAAACGGGAAUUUCGUGAGAAGUGCAAUUUGUUCUUACUAGUGCAGUGCAGCUCCGUGUACAGAAGAAGCAUUCGCCAAUACAGGCCUGAGAUCAGCGACUCCUAAGGAAUGUUGUGUUAACAGCACUCUUAUGCAGGUGGAUCCUACUUCGAUGAAUGUAGGGGAUGGAAGCCCAGUGAUCAAAGAGACUGGUGCUCCGAACAGGGCAUCUGUGAGCAUGGUGGGGAACCCACCCCAGACACUGCCCCCAGAACUCAGGGGAGAUGGGCCUCUCAGCCAGCAAACCACCAUAGCAACUGCAAUGGACUGCAAAGCUUCAGAUUUUUCUUCAGAAGACAGUGGUCUGAAUCCUCGUCCAGAAGUUCCCUCUUGUCCCCAGCAUGAAGGUGCCCUAUUGAUAGGCCCCGCCCCUGUGAACGUUGCAUCGUUGCGCAAGACCGUAGAGGUGCCCAAGCCUGCUGUGGAUGGCUCUCCAAGUUUUCCCACACAGCAAUGGACGUGUAGCAAAAAACCACCUCCGAACUCAAGUCAUGGUGGCGUGACCCCAAGCAAGAGGACAAACUCGCAGGCCCAGUCUGUCAUCAGCCUUCCGGCGGGUUUCCAGUGCUCUUCGCUUUUCAAACCAGGCCAGCCAGUCGCCUUCCUUCCAUCCGCUACCUUCAGCCCCCCGCUGUGCAAGAUCACCCUGCCCCCUGGCUUGGGCCAGAUUGCGGCUCUGAGGGAGACCGCAGGCAGCCAGCUUCAUGUAGAGUGCCGGCCACAGACAUCAAGCUCUGGCGUUGCCCCAAACCUCCAGACCUACCCUUACCACUUCUCUGUGGCCAAAGCCCCUGCACCCGAAGCCCGGCCGCCUUCAACAGCAGCACAUAAAAACAAGCAUGGGCCUGUCUCUGGCAGCAAGAAUUCCAAUGCGGGAGCAGAACACAGCUCACCCCUGCAUUCCGUGGCCUCGCCCAUCACUGCUCGGCCACUGAAGCAGUUGACGUCGGGCCUUGCUCCUCCACCCCCUGUUUCAGUGUCUCCCCCCACCCCUCCAGCCAUUGUCUCCACACACAGUAGGCUGCUGAACCACUUGGAGAAGAGCCCGUCUCACCAAGGUAUGGGCAAGGCACCCGCAGUGUGCUCAAGACUCAAGGCUCAAUGUGCUGUUGUGCACGGACAUACAGUUACUGAAGUGAGGGAUGUGCCCCUUGACUUGUCGUCAAAAUCAAAACGUCCUAAAACCACUAAGGAACCUCAAGACGCCUCCUCAGCCGCAGAGUGCCACCUUUCAGAGGAUGGUAAGGGAGGUGAUCCCAUCCCUCCAAAGAGGGCUGUGCCUGCUACUUUUGGGCUUGGAGGUCCUCUCUCCAUCUUCCCAGAAACCCUGAGAAAUGGCGCCCCUCCAAAGCAAGCCUCACGACUCCCGAAUCAUCAGGCCCACAAACCAUCGACGCCCUGGGCUAAAGGUUCGAACAGCUCCACUAGCAACUUAGCUGGCACCUAUGUGGGUGUGGCCAGCCCCAUAUUAGCCUCCACAUUGCGCAGCAAGGAUGGGAAAGGUGCAUUUGUGGAAGAUCUCCAGAGCACUGCUAAACAGGUGACUAUUUCUAUUAUUGACCAAGGGGAGCAGCAGGUCUCUAGAGCUAUGAAGGGACCAUCUGUAGUGAAGGACGCCCAGCACACCCUUGGAUCCAAGUAUUCCGACAAUGCCUGUGUACCCAGAACACAGGUUGGUACACCUACUACACCUAAAGAUAGCAUCACUACAGUUUUGUCCAUCUCUCCUGGCUCGAAUCCUCACUGUAAGCUCAGUGGUGGGAAAACAAUGGUUACACUUUCUCCCACCAUUGACAAUCCUGCACGGAACCAGCCAGUUCCUCUUCCCCACCAAGGGUCUACAGUCAAGCAGAAGAUGAUCCAGGUGACUCCCAAGUUACGGGUGACUGUGGGUUGCAAAGGCCCUCAGAGCAGUCACCCAAGCCCAUCCAAGAUGGCUGAGAAAAAGUGGGGGAAAACAAAGUCUCCUCUCUCAAAUCUUGAGUCCAUAGUGAAGCAAAAGGCACUGGAGACAUCUGCGCUUGGUGAUGAAGGGUGUUGUAAUGCAGCCUCAGCCGGGCUGAGAAAGCCUGAGGUAGCGAACAUGAAUUUCAGACCCCAGGAUACUCCGUCCAGUGGAUUCCCACCAUUCAGGCCUAUGAAGAGAAGAGAGGGAAAAGUCAAGACCGAUUCCACAGAGGGAAUGCCUGCUAAGAACUCCGGCAAACAAGAAAAUGGGAGCAUCGCUGAGCCCAGAGAGAAGAGCACUGAGAAACGCAUUGAGGAAAACGGAGGAAGUGAAGAGCGCUCUGGUAGCUCAAAACUUGUUGCCCAAGCUCAACUACUGGGUGGUAGUGGUCAAGUUGACAAAAACGGCGUCAAAACAAAAUUGCGAAGGGAUGAGGAGAAGCCGGUGCCUGAGACCCUCUCUCCUUGUGUGAAACUGGAGGGAAUGGCUUUAUCCAUCCUCAAGGGUCCAAAUCCAGAUGUGGCUGAACGGGGGAAAGAAUUGACUGCAACCAGAGAGACACCCCCUUCCAAAGGUGGAGUCACUGUUAACAAAUACAAGAAAGUCAGUCAGAGUAAGGCUGACAAAUCAUCUGUGGUGUCCUCAAAAAAGAUGGUGAGGAGCUUAAAGAGAUCACGCGAAAAGGAGGACAGCACUUCAGAGUGGCCUCAUCGCCGAAAAAAGAAACAAGGGGCACCUGUGCUGAAGUCUGGCCAGCUGGACGUGGCUACAUCCCCACCGACCGAGGAGCGGGAGAAGGCGGGCAGUGAAUGGAGCAACCUCACUGAUGUGGCACGGCCGCCUCACAUCAAAGCAGGUAAUGAGGGCAGGUCUGCGGUGGACGCUCCGGCUUUGCAAGGCAGCCCCGGCUGGUUGAAUAAGGAGGCGGGGCCCGUGGCAAGCUGCCCACCCAGGCAGAAGAGGGGGCGGCGGCCCGCAGAAAAGAAUCGGCCCCCUGCCGCCAAGGUCCCUCCUCCCGCCCCGCAAACCGGCGAAGUCCGGCGAAAGAGGGGCAGGCCACGCACCAACCCGCUGCCUGACCAAGGGUGCGUGGGGACGGCAAAACCCACGCCCGCUGUCGCUGAGGAAGACGCCUGCCCGAGGAAGAAGAGGAAGCGACGCAGGAACAGGAAGUACCAGAAUGGGGAGUAUAUCAUGGAGAGAGACAAGGCUGGAGAAGAGGAAGGGAGGUGUGUCGCGACACGACCAGCAACCCGGGCUGGGACAGAUCAGAAGAUUGGGUUGUAUCCGCGACUCAGUGCCACGCUGACGUGUCGGGGUGCCAGCCCGGACAGGACCCCCAGGAGGCCCCUGCAGACCCGCUCGGGUUCAGCGCGUCACUCGGAACGUCCCGCCUCCCCCGAGCCCCAGGACAAACCCUCGGGGAAGAGGAAGUUCAAAAGCAAGCACCUGUGUGACACCGAGGAGAGGAAGUUCAAGCCCAAACGUGGCAGCUCCGGAAAGCGCUCCGCCCCCCUGGUCUCCAAUAGCGACUGCUCUCCUGUGAAGAAGCCUCCUGACCUUCCCACCCCUCUCAGGGGACGUCCGUCUCCCUCCGCGGCCAGGAGAGGCGGCGUGGGGAGGGGCCGGACCCCGGAGUCUCCCCCCGGCCGUCCCGUCCCCCCGGAGGUCCGACGGCUCAUCGUCAAUAAGAACGCCGGCGAGACCCUGCUUCAGAGAGCCGCCAGAUUGGGCUACCAGGAGGUGGUGCUGUACUGUUUGGAGAAGGAUGAGCGGGAGGUGAAUCGCCGUGACAACGCGGGCUACACGGCGCUCCACGAGGCCUGUGCCAGAGGCUGGACCCAGAUCGUUCAGGUGCUGCUGGAGCACGGAGCCGACGUAAACUGCAGCGCACAGGACGGCACACGGCCAAUUCAUGAUGCGGUGGCGAGCGACAACCUGCCGGCGGUGUGGAUGCUGCUGAAUCGAGGGGCGGACCCUACGCUGGCCACCUACUCCGGACAGACCGCCGUCAAACUCGCUCAGAGCAGCAGCAUGAAGACCUUCCUCAGCGAAUACUUUGCGGAUUUGGAAGGGCGUAACGGGCAGGAUCCCAGCAUGCACUGGGAGUUCUACAGCAGUGCUGUGUUUGAAGCCGGACAGGAGGCAUGCUGGGACUUCCUGCUCUCGUUCCCUGAGGUGGAGGAGGGGCGGAAGGAGGCGAGAGCAGAGGACGACUGCUUCCUGUUUGAGUUUUCCUCAGAGCCCCUGUUACCCUGUUACCACGUCCAGGUGUCACUGUCACAGGGCUUCUGCAAUUGGUUCCUGCUGUCGGACGUCCUGAAGCGGCUCAAGAUGUCCGCUCGGAUAUUCCGGGCGCGGUACCCUCACCUGGAAGUGGUGAGCAUCUCGUGGGCGGAGCUGUGCAGGCAGGUGUCCAUCAGUCAGGUGACGCCGGCCCCGGAGGACCCCCGGGCGGGGGAGGACGAGGACGCGGGCGGACAGGUGGAGCUGGUGCGUUGCGUGACGGAACUGCAGGAGCUGCUGGGCUCCUCUCUGCACUUCCUGGAGGCGGAGUCUUCGGACACGCCCGGGCCCCUGGGGUGCCAGCCUCCCACAGCCACCCUAAUCUGCCCAAAAGCGGAUUCCAGUUCCCAGUCCUCCAAGAGUAAGAAAUCACACAAAAAGGAGGAAAGGUGAGAGAUCGCCUGUCUGGUGUGCUGAGGUGCUGCCGUGGCAACAAUGAUGCACAGAUACAGACAGUGUUUUUCACGUUAGCAGGGAGAUGCAAACCUCUGGACGUGUACAUUUCUGAAUAUUAGUUCAGGGUGGCAUGUGUCACAUGACACAUCUUGGUCUCCUUGCAGUGAAGACUUAAUGCUAGAGACUGACUGCUACGUUACCAUCCUGUGGAGAAGAAUUCGUGGUAGGGACAGUUGAACUUUCACGUUUCAAUCCUGUAGGUAUUUUUCAGUAUCCAAUAAAUGUUUUAAAACCUUUUUUAUAUGCUUAUAUGUAUAUAGAAUUAUUAUAUAUGUAUAUCUUGCCAUCAGGGUUAACACAUUUUGGACUGUAAUGUAUAAUAUUGUAAUGUACUGUUGAUAUGACAAGGUUUUUGUGGGUGUUUGUUUUUGAGAAAAACCGAAUGUUUUCAGAGAUAAUCCCAGUCUUUUAUCUUGGUAAACUCUUAUGUGCAGCUAAGAGGCUUAAGCUCAGCCAACUGGUCAGAGGGCCAUUGGGCCAGAUGGGUUCUCUGCUAACCAGUGAAAUCCAUGUUCAAGAACACCCCCCCCCGCCCCCCACCGUAGCCAACCACACGCCCCUCAGGUCACUGGGUCAGUAUUUGCUCACAGACCACGUUCCUGUACAGUUUGAAGUUGUAUGUGUUUUUGCCCAGUCUGUGAUGGUAUUAAUUCCACUUUGGAAGAAGCAUCUCAAAAAAAAAAAAAAAGACAAAAGUGGUUCUUUCUGACUGAUAACCAAAAAAGGGUUUUCUUUAUAAAUGAAUGUUCUGCUUCCCACUGAUCUCCUUCAGUGUCUGCAUUUAAGUUAUUGUAAGAAAGGCCACUCCUGCCCCUCCCCCAAAUAGAUGAUAUGCCUGUAGAUCAAUAAGCAUUUAUAGAUUAGCGCAGAUGUAGGGCUUGAUCGCACUGUCUUAAUGCAGUCAAGUUCUUCCUGUGAUUCACCCCCCCCUCAUGUAUAACGGUGGGAAACCCUUGCAAAUGCUUGACGUUCUUUCAGUUCCCCAAGUACAGAUGGGAUGGGUUCCUCGCAUGCUGGUGUGACAUGGCUGCACCCUGCACCUUAGACUGGGAAGAACAAAUGACCUUGUGUGAACCCUCCAAUCACCUUGACCCGUCCUGGCGUAAUGAUUUUGGCCAUGGCCGAUGGAAGCCGAUGUGUGUUUUAUUUUUAAAUGGUCAGUUGGUGUCCUUGCUUAAUUUUAUUAUUAUUAUUAUUAUUAUUAUUAUUAUUAUUAUUAUUAUCUAUUGGGCCCCUGAAAGCUUUUCAUCCCCCUCCCUGCUUGUGGGUGGGUCUGAUUACCACUACUAAUAAUAAUAACAACAAUAAUAAUAAUUAUAAUUAACUUGUUCCUUAUCCUGGCAAAAAAAUGAUUUAAUAGGACUUUGAAUGUUUGGUGCUUUAUUUGAAGUGUGUGUAUUAUAACUGUUUUCCCCUCCUUGCAUACAGUAUUUUAAUAUGCAAAAGUACAGUUUUAAUGUACUGGUGCUAAGCUAUAUUUUGUGUUGACAAUCAGUGUUUUGUUUUAAUCGCCGAUGAUAUUUAAAAUGAAGAAAAACAACGUAGUAAAUGAUCAUUUUAGUACCUCUUCCUGUGGUGGAGUUGUGAGGUGUACAGCUGUACCCCCAAGGAGGACUUUUGGACAAUGUAGUGUUCAUGAGACCUGUCGAAAAUAGAAGGAAUCCUUUUAUUUGACCCUUAUUUAAAAAAAAUCAGAAUAAAGCAUGAUUGUGAAGUCUGGUCUUCAGGUGUUCUGUAAAAUGUAUUGUAUAAAUUGCUUUGUUUAAAAAAAUGUUUUGUCAUUUUUUUCCAACAUGUAUCAUACCGUACACAAUACCUAAUUCAUUGGUAUAUUACUGCUAAGUACUGCUGACCUGUAGCCCUGCAGCCUGGAGCUAAGCUGGGUAGGUUUGUUUUAGCAAAGUUUAUCUACGAUCUCUGGAUGGGGCUUGAUUUUUUUUUUCUCCUGAAGAUAAGACGGGAUUAAAUGAUGUGAUCCUGGCCUAAAACCUGGGUUCUCCAUCUUGGGGGAGCUAAAAUGCUUAGCUGAAGUUUAGCAAAGGUAAGAAACUGAUUUAAUAAUGGUUCAACUAAUUUGGUCAACAAUGCUGUAAUCAGAAACAUUUCAGUUACAGUUCAAUUUAGAACCUGAACCUGAACUGAGAAUUGUUUACAUCGGGGAAACAGAACAGGGCCCUACUAACUGUCUAAAAAUGUGUCUAUUUUAGGACCUUAGAAUUAUUGGGUUCUAUAUAUUAAAAUCAAAAU